ACGUCUGCACACCUGAGCAGGCUUAUCCAUAAGGCUGUCUGAAAAUACCCCCACCCCUAGGACAGGCAUUAUGAAUGACUGGAUUACAUACAAGACUAAGACGCAUAUAAAUGGUGGGAAUGAAGAGAGAGAACUCUUUAAACAGUUCACUCCUCUCUGGACGAGACAACAAACUGACGCUUAUGUUUGUGAAUGGCCGGCAGGCACGUGCAGUGGGCCUCACCUUUGGAAAUGAACGCAGCAGCAGAAGGCACUAAGGCUGCUCCUCCCAAGUUCAAACAGAAGGACAGCAGACAGUUCAAGAGCAAAGCUCCUAAACCUGGACAGAAAGGGUUCGAUAAUGAUGUUCCAGGCAUGGAGGGUCUUGGAGACUCUGCGGUGGUCUGCCCCUGGGAGGCGUUUGGUGACAUGGAGCUCAGUGACCUGGCUCAGUUCGGCAUCGUCUAGACCUGUUAGAUCAUCUACCUGCAGAAACGCAAUGUUAAACAUAUUCUCCUGUAAACAUUGUCCCGACAUAGAAGUUAAUUCCUGUGUUUUAA